CCUGGGCUGAUCCGCUGGCCGACUGGCGGGAGCUUGCGGGGGCCGCGGGCGAUUUGCUCAGGGAACCUUUUGACGUGGGCCCUGUCCUGCUAAACCUGUUCAGAGCCUUCCUUGGUUCGCUUGGUCGCUAUGUUCGGGACUCCCUCGAUGUGAAGCGACGCGAGCGCGUGGCCACAGGGGUGUCAGAUGCAGUACCGUACCCUACCAUCGUGAGGACCGACGUCGUGCGCGACGGCGAGGACCUCGGCGAUGUGAACUGGGAGGCGCUCCACUGCAGGCUGGUUGUUACUGUGCUUGCGCUCAACUGGGAGGCGGGCUUCCGCUCGCUUAAGUUUGCGCGCUGCUGCCGUGGCCGUGGCAACGCGGCCCAGCGGGCUGCCCUGGCUGGCUUGGCGCGGCGGCUCUUCCCGGCCACGAGGAUCGAGACCAGCCUGCCCAAUGAUCUGAACUGGGAGGACCGCCUGAAGGAUGGGGAGAUCGGUCACGGAGGGUCUGAGAUCGCGACGCCCCACAAGCUCACGCUGGAGCAGGUGCUUGACGGGUUGCCGCCGCUGGGAGUCGCCGCUUCGAUCGUCGAGGCCGCCGACGUCGCGACGGGCUUCGGCCGCGACGCCCUGCUCGACCCGUCGCCGGUACUGCUGCCGCCUGGGCUGCGCCGCGCGGCCCACGGCGCUCCUGUCAAGUGCAGUGAUGGGGGGCCGCGGCCCGUGCUUAGGCUCAUCGCGAAUCUGAUCCCGUCGAACGCGUGUCAGGAGUGCGUCGUGGGGGACGCGCCCGAGAUGCCGACGACGAGCCAGCUCAGCGGUGCAGUGCCCACGGAGUCCGAGGACCUGCUGUGGAGCGGCGCCGACAGGAAGUCCUUCUCCAACGAUGGUGGCUCUGCUUACAUCUGCCUGUGCGUGAUCGGGAUGGGGCGGACGAGCGCGGCGGGGGUCGCGACUCACCCUUGCCGCAAUAUGCUGCGCCGGAGCAGUUCGGUGCCGCGCGGGCUUAGCCCUAGCUGCGAGAUCACGCGACGGCGCCGAUUGCCGAUGGGCGUGGAGAGGCCGUGCCCGCCUGCCUGGAUGGUCUACAUUGACAAUCUGGAGAUCGCGGAGAUCGUCGACAAGUCCGAGGCGGAGAAGCUGCGUGGGACGGUGCCGGCGCUGCUGUCUGACGCGCGGGCUUGCUAUGAAGCGGCUGGCUCGCCUGGGUCGCCGGGCAAGGACCUGUGCCGCGUGGUGCGGGCCGCGACCUUGGGCGAGCUAGUUGAUGGAGUUGAAGGGGUGCGCCGCCCUCCUGCAGGAUACCUCGCCGAGAUGGCCAGCCUGACGUUGUGGGUCCUUAGCAAGAAGCGGGCCAGCAUGUGGUUGAUGCGCAUCCUCCUUGGCUGCUUCAGCGUCGACAUCGUCGAGGACCUGCUGAUGUGCCUCGCGCUGUCGGGCCUUUGCGUGGCUGACAUGCGGCUCGAGGUCGACCGCCUGGUGGCGGCGUCGGACGCUUCGGAGGCUGCAGGCGCCGUGGUCUACAGCGCGGCCCUCACUGGCCGCGGCCGCGUGCUGGCUGUGAGGCGCCAGCGGCCUGCCGACGCCGCUGCCGAGGAGGAGACCGCCUUGAUCACCGUCUUCGACGGGAUCGGCGGUGGUCGCAGGGUGGACCCCCAGGCGGUGCGCGUGGCGCGGCGCUGCUACCCUGGGACCCAGCACCUUGGGGAUGUGACGGAGGCGGACGCGCCCUCUUUGGCAGGCCUGCCGCGGGCGCGGGGCCGCAUCGCGCGCGUGCUGGUCAUCGGCGGUUUCCCCUGCCAGGUGUACGCGGGCCUCAACGUGGACCGCCGGGACUCGUCGGGCCCUCGAGCCUCCCCCGUCGACUGCAUGGUCGAGCUCAUUGGGGGUUUGCGGACGGCCAUGUCUGAGGCGACGGUUGACUUCCUGGGCGAGAACGUUGCUUCGAUGGCUGAGUCCGAUGUUCUUCACUUCGAACGGCUCUUCGAGCGUGUCCCUCUGGAGAUCGAGGCCGGUGACGUCGGCUGGGUCAAGCGGCCCCGCCUAUGCUGGGCAUCCUGGGGCCUCCUGCCGUCGUGCGAGACCGAGGCUACCGCGGUGAUGGCCAAUGACUCGUCAGCGCGCCGCGUGUGCCGCGUUGCGCUGAAAGCUGUGCGGCCGCCGCUGGAGGAGUGGCUGCCGGCUGGCGCGAGCUGCCCAGGCGCUGCCGAGGGCGAGCCGAUACUGACCUUCGUCCGCUGGGCGCCGCGCUCGCAGCCGCGCCCUAGGCCCGCGGGCAUCGGCGAGUGCUCAGCUGCGGAGCUGGCGCGCUGGGAGGAGGCGGGCUUCGCGGCCCCUCGUUAUCAGUUUCGUGACAAGUUGUGCAUUAUUUGGCCUGGCGGGCGGAUCGCGCCUCCUGAUGCGGGUGUGCGCGAGAAGCUGAUGGGCUUCGCCGAGGGUCGCGCGGUCCCCUGCAUGACGAGCAGCGAGGCGAAGGCCGACCCUGGGAAGUACGAGGCCCUGCGCCGCUCCUUGCUCGGGAAGUCCUUCCAGUGCCAGGUCGUGGCCUGGGUGGUGAGCCACUGGCCCUUUGCUGUCGGGCUGCUGGUAGCGGUGCCGUCGCUCGCGAAGCUGCGCGAGGGCGCGCGGGCGUGGCGGCCGCAGGUCGACGAGGAGGUCUGCCGUGAGCUGCAGGUGGCAGGGGCCUCGCAGGAGGCCGUGGGCCCCCCCCGGCAUCGUCUACGUCGGCCGUGGGUCGCGGCGCUGGUGCCCUGGGCCCCUCGUGCCGGGGCAGCCCUCUUCGCCGUGGACACGAGUUGUCCUCGCGAGGACGCUGUGGCUCUGUUCGCUGGCUGGCUGCGCAGGCAGCCGCUGCUGCUGGGGCGCCUGGAGGAGCUGCGCGGCGCCAAGCUGGCCUGCCACUGCAGCCAGGCCGAGACGUGCCAUGCCGACGUUCUUCUGGCAGAGCUGGUCAAGCGUGACGUGACGUCCUGGCGUGAUGCAGACGUCUCGCGCAGGCUGGUGAUGAACUUCGUGAAGGCAGUUGAUUGGG